AUGGCUACACCAAAGAUCAUUGCAAUCGUUGGGGCCACCGGCACUCAAGGCUCUUCAGUUGCCCGCACAUUCCUGGCUCUUCCUAACUGGCACGUCCGGUGCUUGACCCGAGACCCAAGCUCGGAAAAAGCUCUUGUACUCUCGAAGCUAGGCGGCGAACUUGUGCGGGCAGACCUGGACGACGAAGAUUCCCUCGUGCAAGCCUUCGCCGGUGCACACGCAAUCUUUGUCAAUACCGAUUUCUGGAUCCCCUAUCGUGCAGCACUAUCUUCAGGAAUCGACCCCCUCACCAGCGCCAAACAAGGAUACGAAGCAGAGAUCACCCACGGCAAGAAUGCUGCCAAUGCUGCCAUGAAGAUCCCGACCCUGGAGCGAUUCAUAUACUCGGCUCUGGGUCCGAUGAAAAAAGCAUCGGGGGGAAAGUACCCUUCAUCCUACCAUUGGGAAACAAAAGCCCAUAUCGUCAAUUAUAUCGAGCAGUUGCCAGACGUGGCAGCCAAGACUUCGUUCAUUUACAUCGGCGCUUACAUUUCGAAUCCUUUCCUCUACCCGAAGUUUCAACCAGAGAGUGGCGCAUUCGUUUCUGCCAUACCGGCAACAAAAUCAUUGCGCAUGCCAAUCAUCGAUACCGCCAACUCGACCGGUCCUUUCGUCAGGGCGUUGGUGGAGGAUGAAGCACCGGGGAUGAAAUUGCUGGCGUAUGAUGAUUAUCUCUCAGUGGAUGUGUUGAUGGCCGUGUGGUCCCGCGCUCUUGGAAAACCAGUCCAUGUCAUUGAGAUGAGCGUCCAGGAAAUGCACGAAAAGACAGCUAUUCCAGUCGAAGUUUUGAGCGGCCCUGCGUUCAUUGAAGAAUUUGGCUACUGUGCUGGUUUGGAAAAUGUGGUGGAGCCUGCCCAGUUGAAAUCUCAGAUUCAGGCCAAAACAUUUGAGGAAUGGCUUAAAGCGCAGGAUAUCAAGGAGAUCUUGGGGUUGAAGGAUCAGAAUCAGUGGGAUGGUCUUGUGCAAUAG